GACAUGAAUAUAAAAUUUGACAGCACAGUUGGUAGACCUGCUGUUUCUCAGCAAAAUGGCUGCUGGAUCAAAUCCAAGCCUGGGACCUCAUGGUGUUUACAUGUUCUCCCUCUACGUGAAUGGUUUUUUUUCUCAGUACUCCAGUUUUCUCACACUGACCAAAGACAUGCACUUUAGAUUCACUGGUAUGCACUGUAGGUCUCAAACAAUUGCUUGAUUUGUAAAUGUUAAUUUGAACAAAAUCACAUUCAAGUCUGACUUAAACCCAGCAGUUGAAAGUGGGCCAGUUUGUCAUGAACUCCUGGGCCACUUUUUCUCCUCAGUCCACUCCUGCCUCAGUGAACCACAAUAGGGUCCAUCUCAAAAAAAUAAUUAUUUGCACCUGAUGAAGUUUAACUGCCACAUUUCUCUCCUUUCUCUACAAGGUGCAGUCUGAAGAAGUGACAAUGUUGCUAAAGGUGAAGUACCAGAAUACCAAGAAGUACAUCCGGUUACUGUCAGGAUCCACCUUUGUGGAUUUUAUUGCCCAAGGACCUCUGUAGUCCAAUAGAAUAUAAGACUCUUGCAGGCAGAAGUACAUCCAGCUCUGAAGUCAUACCCAGCCCUACAAGAGAGGUUUCUGAGUCAGAGACUGCAAAAGAGAUGGUAAAAAAUGCAUUGCUUUGCAAACCUGGGGGUGAAGAGGUCAUCGAAGAGUACAAUGCUGAAAAGUCACUCACUCACCGCACCCGGAGAAAGCUUGUCAACAUAUUGGCUAGUCAUAUGACUGAAAGACAUGG